AUGUUACAGGCAGACGGACGAUUCUCACGCCGACCACCUCCAUUUGGCCUGACCAGACUAUUUUCGCCUCUUCACCAAACCAACCUCCCCAGCGACAUUAUGCGCACUCCAGAAAACGUCGAAGUGGCUCUUGAUGUACUCCGUACUCCGUGCAACUUUUCAAUUUGCCAUCGCUUGCUGCGCCUGUUCCCGUACGAAACGCACCAGACUAGACAAUACAUGCUCAAUUCUAAGAUGCUCCGCAUCAUGCACCGAGUGCUUGAGGUCUGGUACGGAACGGUACUUUGGUACAUUAUAUAUCCUCUCUCGUGCAGGAGCAGGAGCCACCCAAGCUCGGGCUGA